AACACGAGCGAUGAGUUGGUGUGGAGAAUGUUUUUUAUUGGGAUCGUCAUGCGUGUACUGAGUACAUGUUGGAUCAGAAAAUGACAUCCGUGUUUGAAGUUAGUAUUAAGAAUGUUUGAAUGUUUACAGAGCAGAAAUGGAUCGAAAAUCUAUGCAGGACACAGCACUGUCAGCAGAAGUUGAACCAUUUGUACCAGGGUGUACUGGCAAGCCCAUGAUGUCAUCUUACCACCAUGGACAAGAGUAUUGCAAACAGUUUGGAGGUUCCCAGUCUGCACCAAACCACAUGUCACAGCCUCCACUGACAGAACUACCACGAUAUAUGACAAGCUGUUUUCCUUUUGUUGCUGAAGGUUCAUCCAAUGCAGCAAACGAUGCACGCUGGCAAGGUCACUCUCAAGGUCAUCCACCUCAAGGUCAUUCACAUCAAGGUCAUCCACCUCAAGGUCAUCCUCCUCAAUCGUUCCACUCUUCGUAUCAGCCACUUAACAACGCUAACUACUUUCAACAACCACCUCCAGUUUUUACCAAUACGCACCCUCAACAGUACCCAGCUCAGCCUCACAAUUUUGCGGGCCAGUACCAUGAGCAGAACCAGACAUAUGGUCGAAGGGAUAGCAGAGAUUAUGCUCAGUUUAAUGGUCCAGCGCCGGGUCCACCACACCCGUCUUAUGGUCCGUUUGUAAACCAGUGCCCACCGCCAAAUCCUCCUGUUCAAGUUGCCAACUAUCAUUCAGGUUAUAAUAACAUGAGUUUUGGCUCUAAGGUGGGCCACUACCCGCUAAACAAUUACCACUAUACUCAGAAUACUUUUCAACCACCUGUACAACGCCAAGCUCAACGACAUAAGAGUUGGCAUGGAAAUAUGAAAAACAAUGCUGCAGAUUGGCGAAAAAAUGUGCACAUGAAAAAUCGACAAAGCACAGAGACAAAACGGCCCGCAAAAACCUUGAUGAUGGUAGAUGCCGCACUCCAGACCGAUUUUUGUCCAGAUAUAGCAGAUAAAACUUUGGCAGAUUUACCAAGUCACCUUCAAAACCCACAUUUAACCACUAGGAGAAAAUCCCAAGGCCAGCAAACAGGCAACGAUAUGUCUACAACGCAGGCAGUUUCAGCCGAUAUGGACAAUGAUAGUGGCUAUUACAGCCCUAAACACAUGCAUGCUAGCACCUCUACUGGCGUUGGCUUGCAACAGGCAGCUGCAGUCAGUGUUGGCCUAGAGAAACAUGCAGUUUUUACACCACCACAAGAAGGAUUAUUUUAUCCUGCUUACCAACAACAACAACAACAUCAGCAGACCAGCAUGCCUUGCGUCAUGCCAACGCCACCGCAAGCGUUUCAUGGAAAUCCGUGUCAAUACAACAUGCCCACAGUUCAGUGUGGUAUGAGCUAUGCAAAUGCUCUUUCACAGAAAGCGGCUUACAAUUUAGCAGCACAGGGCCCAAGGCUACCAAAUCAUUCCAUCCCUAAGCCUGUAAUUAACCCUACGGGCAAGAGAUCUAGUACAACCGCUCAAAAUCAUAGAACUGCAAAUGGUCCUAAACCUAAAACAGAAUAUGGAUUAGGAAAAGGUAGAGCAGCCUAUUCAAAUCAGUCGAAAAGUGCUGGUGAAAGUGAGCAUAUUGGAUACCAUGGAAUGAAACCACCGCAGCUGCAUGAUACGAGCGAGUACCCAGGCCUGCCAGGUGUCAGGAGAGAUCAAGCUGAAAGCCAGGCACCUAAGCAUUCCUACAGUGCUAUUGUCAAGAAUAAAUUGACCCUCCAAGAACACGAGGCAAUAGAAAGUGAGUCCAGAAAUGAAAGUGAGUUAAUACAGCCUGGAGAGAUUAUUCAACCAGAAACUCUGAUGUCUCCUGACGUUGUAGCAAGUGGAAUAAAAGAUGGUAAGAAUGCGAGGAAACGACGCAAGAAGGCUAUACAAGCAGCAAAAGCAGCAGCAAGGGAAUAUUCUGAAAUCACCCAAGAGCAGAAACAACUACAGGAAAACUUGAAGAAACCCAACAGACGCACCAAGAUGCCAAUUGAGUUUGACCUUGGUGACAUGCUUGCAGCCUUAGAGAAACAACAGCAAGAUGUACGUAAUAAUCAAGAGGCUUUGGCAGCCUCUAAGACCACUGCUAGUUCACGCACAAAUACGUCUGAAGAUUCUAAGGCUCUGAAUCCACUGGAUAUUUCAGGACCAAGGAAGCGUGGUAAAGAACGGGAAAAUCCAGUGAAGAAGAAACCGAGUGCAUUAAAGAAAGUUAUACUCAAAGAACGAGAGGAGAAGAAGAGACAGCGGGCCUUGGAUGAGAACUGUCUAUCAGAUGAUGGCCUUGGAAACGAAUCUGCUGGUGAAAUUGAGAACAUCAACAACGCUGAUACCAGCCUGGGGUUGUCGCAAGAAGCCGUUAGUGAACGAGGUUCCAUCAUAUCUGGCCUGACAUGUUCCCAGAGUGACCUCUCACCUGUAAGUCAGAUGUCACCAAUGAGUUUAAGUCCUCUGUCUCCUGGAUCUCCCCUUAGUUCCGGUCUUUCAAGUCCAGCCACUAGCAUGAACAUUAACUCACCUUCACAUGUAGCAAGUAAGAUUCAUAGCCGCCGAUUCAGGGAGUACUGCAAUCAAGUUUUGGAUAAAGAUAUCGAUGCCUGCUGUACCACAUUGCUACAGGCUCUAAUUAAAUUUCAAGAUAGACAGUACCAUAAAGACCCAACAAAGGCCAAGUCUAAAAGAAGAAUUGUUAUGGGUCUUCGAGAGGUUACCAAACAUCUGAAAUUGAAGAAGAUUAAGUGUAUUAUAGUGUCGCCGAAUUUAGAAAAGAUUCAAGCCAAGGGUGGCUUGGAUGAUGCUUUGGAGAACAUUUCUUCGCUAGCUAGAGAGCAGAAUGUCCCUCUUGUGUUUGCCCUUGGACGCAAAGCCUUAGGCAGGGCAGUCAAUAAACUUGUUCCUGUAAGUGUUGUCGGAUUGUUCAACUAUGACGGUGCAGAGGAAACCUUCCAACAGUUGCUACAGUUAUCAUCCAAAGCGCGAGAAGAAUAUGACGACAUGAUUAAGAAGUACCAGCAAGAUUUGGAAGCUGCAAAUGUCGCACGCUUAACAAAGAGGCGCCAUUACAUGGGACACAAUAGGAACCUAUCUGGAUGCAGUGGAAUCUCAUUCAGUAGUGUCAUCUCGGAGCCAAUAUCUGAAGACUACCCCCACCCAGAGCCCGCCACUGACAGCCGAGGGAAUGUCCUCUCCAGUCAAGAGAACUAUGAUCAAAUGUAUCCCAAUAAGACUAACACUUGGUGCCCUCCUAAAUCUGUUGAUUCAACCCACAAUAGCGAUGAUCACAAAACGGCAACAUCCAAAGCCUCAUCAGAAACUUUGGAACCAACAGCCGGAGAGAAAGAUGUCGCUGAAGUGGAUGAUGAUGAUGAUGAUGUCAAUGAUGAAGAUGACGAAGACAGGAAUGCUCUAUAUGAACUUGAGGAGAUCGAAGGUCAAGAUGAAAAUGAGCUUGAAUCUGAAGAGGAGACGCAAAGAGCUCCAGUUGAGGUUCCUGAGGAUUCCACUUCCGACACGAGAGUUGCUCAUUGGGUAGUCGAAGCGCAGUCAUGUUUUAAAGAUUUGUCAUUGAAGACAUCUGAUGAUGAAAGUGCGAUUGCAACUACCAUUCCUCAAGAACUUGUAAAUAGUUAAGUUAUCGAGUUGUUGUCAACCUGUCUGUUCUGUUUACACUAUUAAAUUUUAUGUCACAGAAUAUGAGUGUGAUGUGACAUCAUGCAAACUGCUGCACAUAUUUGUCACAUAAACUUAGUGUGGACAAAAAUUUUUAUUAGUGACAGUCAUUUCAAAUAGUGUCGGACAAUUUACUGUUCUACAUAUUAUCAUCUUUAAAUUAAUGAUGAUUUAAUGCUGAAGUUUUAAUUUACCUGUUAUUAACAUAGUUUUGUUUUAAGAUUUUUAUACAUUUGAUAUGAAGAAACAUUCAUCAACUGAAGUUGAGAAUGUACUUAACUUAUGAAUUAUGAUAUUAAACAUGGUUGCCAUAGUAAUUAAAAUAUCCAUAGGCCAAGAUUACAUUAUAAUUUAUUCAUGUUAUUAAUUUGCACAAAGGAAACAAUCAGGAUAAUAAUUCUUUAGCAUUAAUUAGCCGCAAACUGCAUGCAUAUCGGGAUGUGCCAAUGAAUUGUGGUGUUGAUUACCCGAGUAGUAUUAGGAGGGACAAAGAAAAACUGAUGUACAGAAGGUGAGAGGAAAUGGGUAAUACAGACGAAGGAAUGUGGAAAAAUAAGAAUGAAUGUGUAUUUGAGAAGAUAAAAAGAAGCAAAGACAUUAAUUAUGUUAAAUAUAAUUUAUUGAAGGGAUGAGAAGUAAAGCAGAUAAAAGGUUUAAAAAAUUAAUGUAUGAGUUCAUUGAGUGGAAGAUUACAAAGAAUAAUCAAAUAACUAGGCAAAGGAUAUAAUUAUGUUUUCUAAUUUGUUGGAGUGGUGAAAAAAGUAGGUGAAAUGAUUAGAGAAAUGAGAAUAUAAGUUUAUUGACAAAUAAAGAAGAAAGAUAAUGGGAGUAGGCAGACAAGAAAUAAUUAUGUUGAAUGGAUGGGAAAAAGCAGAUUAUAGAAUAAGAGAAAAAAAGAGUGUGUAAGUGUAUUGGAGGAAUGAUAAGUGUGAUUUAAACAAAGAAAAUAAUUUGGUUUAUUUAAUGUUUUGGAGGGGUAGGUAAUAAGUAGAUAAAAUGUAUGGCUGAAAGGACUUUAAAAAAAUUUCCAGAAGUCCUUGAUAUAUUACAGACAUUACAUUUUUUUUUCACAAUUGAAAUAUUUUAUAGUAAGUUCUAUAUUUAUUGCUUAUCACGCAACAAUGCUGCUAUUUGUAACAGAAAUUGAUUUUAAAACCUGUUUGCUUAUGUGAUUUAGGCUGAAGACCACCGUUUUAGAGGCCGUCCUACUGUCUUUAGCUACCACCUUAGCCUAUUAUAAUAUUAGGUUUAAAAUUUAAUAGAAAUUUGAAUAAACUUGCUUUUAGAAACUGGCUAUAAACAAAUUGUGGCCAAAUUUUGAUGAGAUUAAGCCCAGUUUUUGGCUGGUUUUAACUGAAGGAUGAUUUUUUUCCCCGUAAUUCAAGCUAAUUCAUUGUGUUGUGUGAAAAAUAUUCGAUUCUUUAUCUGGUGCUUGUGUCUAUCCCUGGUGAAGGUGCUUGCAUCACCAUCAAAGGCCUCUAAUUCCAUAGAGAAAACAAUUAAGCAAGAGAAAAACAAUAUUUAAAAUAUGUUAGGAAAAAUGUUAAAUAUUUGAAGUGAAAGCUAAAAUGAAAAGUUCAAUUUAGUUUGUACUAAUAACUUGAUGUGUGUAACAGGUUCAACCCCUGAAAGAUACUUGUGAGGUGAGAGGAAGUAUUAGGGAAGGGGUGGGUGUAAGAGUGAUGGGGGUAGGGAAGGGAAUGUGAAUUUUUGUUCACAAGAAUACAACAUGUAAUAUAUAAUAUACAUAUCUCUUUUUUUUAAUCUUCGUAUAAUAUUGUAGGGUAGUUUACAUAAUAUAGUCUUUCGAGAUUUUUUCUUAUACUUUUUAUUUACCCAGAGAGCAAUCACGAUAAAGGCCAUGUAAAAAUAUAUCGGUAAUUGCCUUUUUUUUAAACAAAAUAUGUAGGGAAGGAGGUUAUUUUCACUGCAAAAUUUGUGUCAUUAUAGGAUAUAUGUGGUAUGGGAAUGGGGCUUUUGGGACCCCAGUCCAAUUUCACACUAUUUUUUUUCCCAUUUUGAAAUUAUGAUUUACCAUACCUGUAAAUUUUUGGAGUUUUUUAACUAAAACUAUAAAAGAAAUACAUUUUGCAGAGGAUUUUUGUUGCGUAGGGAUAAACAUGGCCUGAAUGAAAAUGUUUUGUUUAGAUACAAACUGUAUUAACCUUGUCAUGUAUGAAAUAUUUGUUGCAAUUUUGUUUAACCUCAUAAUUAUCAAUCAUGGAGAUAAGUAUUAAGAAUACUAAUACACAUAUAAAAGUAUAUAUAUAAUAUAUAGUAUCAAUCAUUGUUUUGAUGGAUACUCAACACCCAGGAGGUUUUUGGUUUGCCAAUUUGCUGAAAGUAGCAUAUUUCAGAUACAGGUGUUCUUGUUUGUAUGACAAUGUUCUCGAUUUGGGGGAACAGUUGAUAAGAACAGGUAAGGACUGUCAAAUUCUAUUGGCAGGCAGUUUCUGUACAAGCUAUUACAAGAAGUUUAAUUGAAACCGGAACCGAGGUGUUGCUUGUGAAAUUAAAAAUAUAUGAUGUAACCUGUAA